AUGUCGAAGCAACGAGGCACUGCCGCCUACCGUGGCUUCACUGUCAGCCAUCAACGAGUCGUGCUCGAUCUCAGCUUCAGCGGCACUGUCGUCGGCUUCACAGAGAUCACCAUCCUUCCCACGCAUCGCAGCCUCCGGACCAUCCAUCUCAACUGUCGACAAGCUUCUGUACAAUCAGCGUCGAUCAACAGUCACCCUGCUGAGUUUUCGUAUGCUGAUCAUGUCACAGGCGCAACCAUCACAGAUACUCGCGAUGUUCACCGGUAUCCAGAGCUCAAACGAAGGGUGUACGCGGCCGCUUCUGACGGUGUCAACGGCGAGCUCAGCAUCCUCAUCCCUCCAGAUGUCUCGGUACAGUCCUCACGAGCAGGCAGCAGAGCCGUUAGCAUGGCCCCGGACGACGCACCGACACCAGGCGGCUCUGCCUCCACUGAGCUCACGCCUAUCAUGGUUCGCGUGGACUACUUCAUCAAAGAUCCAACAGAUGGCCUCCAGUUCAUGCGUCCGACCGCAGAUUCGCCUUACCGCGUGCCCCACCUUUUCACCAUCGCCUCGUCGCCGGACGCAGCACGUUGUUGGGUGCCAUGUGUAGACAGCUUGUGGGAAAGGUGCACAUGGGAGUUCGAGCUUAUCGUGCCAAAGUCGCUCAGCACAGCAGACGAAGACGAAGAGGCAGCAAACGGUCGAGCAGGUACAUCUGCGCUCGAGCAGGCAGCCACGACGGGAGUCGACACUUCGGAUCCAGACUCAGAAGUCGUCGUCGUCUGCACAGGUGACUUGAUGGAGCAGGUCACGCAUCCGAACAAUCCCUCGAAAACAGUCUUCUGUUACACGCAAGCCGUGCCGACCUCGGUACAACACAUUGCCUUUGCUGCGGGACCCUUCCACAUCAUGCGCAUAGAAGCUGGCAAUCACAAGGGUGUCCAGGCUCCGAAUGGGGUUGUCUCGGAUGUCACAGCUGGCGCGCCUGCCGUCGUGGACGACUCAGGCCAACCCGAGAUUCUCGCUUUCUGCUUGCCCGGCCGCGAAGAUGAGCUGCGGACUUCUGUCAGCUUUACACGGCACGCGCUCGACUUCUUCUCGCAACAGUACGGCUCUUACCCCUUCGGCGCCUUUCGCAUGGUCUUUGUAGACGAGCCACCGCAGGAUUGUACGACACAGUCCAUGAUGGCCAUCUGCUCCAACGACUUGCUUCAUCCGACUUCCGUCAUCGACCAAGCUAUCGAGAAUCGCCAAGUGCUGAGCCACGCCAUCGCAUUCCAGUGGGUCGGCAUCAACAUCAUCCAAGCCACCUGGGCAGACACCUGGCUGGUCAACGGUCUCAGCUUGUACAUGAACGGUCUCUUCCUGCGCAGGCUCAUGGGCAACAACGAGUAUCGAUUCCGACUCAAGAAGGAUCUUGACCGACUCUGCGCUUGGGACAUCGGCAUGCCGCCUCUCUACGAAGCUGGUUCGUUUGAGCCCCCUGAUCCGGCGACUCUGCCAUUCGUCAACCUCAAGGCACCGCUUGUGCUCCACAUUCUGGACCGGAGACUGCGAAAGAUGGGUGCGUCCGUCGGUCUGGGUCGUGUCAUUCCCAAGGUCUUCCUUCAGGCCAUGACGGGCGAGAUGACCAACAACAUGCUCAGCACACAGCAUUUCCUCCGAACCUGUCGCAAGGUCAGUGGUGCCGACCUGCGUCUUUUCACCGAGCACUGGAUCCGCGGAAGCGGUUGUCCACGCUUCAUUUGCAGUGCCAACUUCAACCGCAAGAAGCUUCUCAUCGAGAUGCACAUUCGUCAGGAGGUGCCUGCUGCUCAAUUUGCUGCAGCGAGACCCAGCGAUGCUCUGGCCGCCAACGCCGUGCCUCUCUUUGAAGGUCAGAUGACGGUGCGAAUCCACGAAGCAGAUGGCACGCCGUACGAGCACGUGCUGGAGAUCAAGGGGCCGGCCAAGCGCUACGAAGUCCCGUUCAACACCAAGUACAAGCGUGUCCGCCGAAAUACGAAGCGCUUCCAGGCUCGUCAGGCCGCAGCUGCUGCAGCAGCUCAAGGUGACCAGGAAGCGCAGGAAGCGAUUGGACUCAUCGACUUGGGCUUCGGUCUCGGCAUGUGGGAGGACGAAAAGGCUCGAGAGGAGUGGAAGGUCGCUGACUGGACCGAAGAGGACGAAGAGAAGAUGUCAUCUGCGCCUUACGAGUGGAUCCGCAUGGACGCCGACUUCGAGUGGCUUGCAAGCAUCCACUUCGAGCAGCCGGACUACAUGUGGGUCUCUCAACUGCAACGAGAUCGAGACGUGGUUGCACAGGUGUCCGCGGUGCAUGCUUUGGCUCAGAUGCCUUCUCUGGUCACUUGCAGCAUGCUGACGCGCACAGUCCUCGUCAACAAGUACUUCUACCGCGUACGUUCGGAAGCCGUACACGCAUUGGUGCACUGUGCCAUUCCGCAGCUCGACAACCUGGGGCUUUUCCACCUCCUCAAGCUCUUCCGCACGUCGUUCUGCCACGACUCGCCGGACGAAGCCUCCAUCGAGAACCCGCUCGAUGUGCCGUGCAUCCCGCGGGCCAAUGAUUUCAGCGACGCGGCAGACUACUUCCUGCAGCGAGCAUUGAUCCAUGCCAUCAGUCGCGUGCGCAAUCCAGAUGGGCGCACCCCGCCGCAGGUGAAGCGAUUCCUGAUCAACUUGCUUCGGUAUAACGACAACUCGACGAAUCACUUUGUCGAUGACUUCUACCUAGCUGGCGCCAUCAACGCUCUUGCCAGCGCCUUCAUCCCGGUCGAGUCAUCAUUGGCGGGCACGCAGGACACUGCUGCUGCCAACGAGGAAAGCUUCCUGCUGUCGCAUGCUAUCGCCGAGGUCGAGCGCCUGCAAGAGCUAGAUCGGUUGGUCCCGUCGUACCACAACGUCAUCACGCUGGCCUCGCUUGACUUUCAGGUUGCCAUGAUGCUGGCCAAUCUCAAAGCCAGGGAUUUGCAGCUGUUCUUCACCUACACGCGCCAGGGCAACUUCACGCCCGUCCGCAUCGCCGCGCUCAACUGCCUGUUGCUCGUUGGCAACUUGGACCAUCGCAUCAUCGCUCGCUAUUGCUUCGCGCUCCUUCGACUCGACGAGAAUCGAACGGUCAAGCGGGCUCUGGCAAGAGCCUUGUGCGAGGGCCUUGCCGUCGGCAUGAGCACCGGUGUCUUUGGCGGCGGAGGCUUGCGCGGCCCCGAGGCAUUGCUGAUCGAAGAGGACAGUGGGCAUGUCAAUGCAGCCGAGAAGGCGCGAGAUGCGCAACUAGAAGCGAUGCUCAAGACGCUCAAGAAGGAGAUUGGACGGUCAGCGGGUGUUCGUGAAGGCUUCAUGUCGGCUCUGCUGGCACCGAACAUCGAUGCGGAAGCGCGCUGGGCAUUGUUGAAAGUAGCCGAGCUUCUCUUCCGACCUGCAGAGGAGAAGGACCUGCCUUUGCAGCACAAGGUGCAGCUUCGGGUCAGGAUGCCCAGCGCUCAGAACACAAUUGAUGCUGGCGCCCUGGAGUCUCCGUCCAUCUCCAAGAUCAAACUCAUCCGUCAGUCCACUGCCGCUGCCGGUGACGAGACGGUGCCCAAGACUCCGUCCUCCGCCGCUGCCACCAACGGACCGCGUGUCGCUUUCGAAACUCCCGAGAAGCCAGCGGCGGAAGCACCGGACAGAAAGAAGAUCAAGCCCAAGAAGAUCAAGCCCCUUGCGCCCGGACAGGCAUCGGGCAUGUCGUUUGCGGAUCUCACAGCGUGCAGAAACACACUCAAGAAGCUCAUGCAGAACAAGUUCGCUUCGAUCUUCUUGAACCCGGUCGAUCCUGUGCGAGACCAGGCCACCGACUACUUCGACGUCAUCAAGGAGCCUAUGGAUCUUGGGUCGAUCCUCAACAAGCUCGACAGCGGGCAGUACAAGGAUCGACACGAGCUGCGCGCAGACUUUGAGCUCAUGCUCCGCAACGCAAAGGCAUACACGCCUGACGAAAAGGCGUGGGCACACAAGCAGGCGGCGGGGCUCGAGAAGGUGUUUCAUCCCUUGUGGAACCGGAUGGAAAAGACGCUCGAGCAGUCGGCUGCCCGUCAGAAGGCAGCACAGGAUGCUGUGCUUGCUAACGAGCAGAGCGCAGCCUUGCCAGACUCGCCAGAACGCUUCUCGCCAAGCAAGCCAGACGCCUCGCCUGCUGCCGGGCCCGCGUCUGCCAGCAACGGAGACGUCAGGGAGGCUUCGACUCCCAGCUCCGCAGUCCCGAAGCUCUCGCUCAAGUUCAAGCUCAAGUCGAAACUGGGAGGCGAGGACUCGCCGGCUCCGGUCAGCACACCAACACCGAAGCCGAAGACGUUCAACCUUGAGCCCGCUAGCACACCCUCUUCGACGCUCAAGUUGAAGAAGCCACUUAUCAAGCUCAAACGCGGCAACGACAGCGAAGCUGCAGUGCCGGCGACCCCAUCACCGAGACCGCCCAGCGCGACGCCAGAUGCUCCACCGCAGAGCGUAGACGACGACAUCUUGGAAGCCUUAGGAGAGAGCGUGCCCAAGGCGAGCAAAGUCAAGUCGAAGAAGCCACCGACCAAGGCCGCUGCUUCUCCCUCGCCUGCGCCCCCAACAAGCGUAUCACCUAGCAGCAAGAAGAGCAAGCCUGCGCACUCACCUGUUCCGGUCACUCCCGUCUCGAAUGGCAUGACCAAGAGCUCAUCCUCGUCCGGCACACCGUCUUCGGACAUUGCCAAGUGGGCCGAGACGGAUCCCGUCGGUGCGACAGCCAAUAUGCCCAUGAACGGCAAAAAGUGCAAAGUCUUGCUGCAGAUCCUCAAAAAGUCGCCCUUCUCGGUCUUCUUCCGCUACCCGGUCGACCCGAUUCGCGACGGCCUGCCCACCUACCUCGACGAGAUCAAGCACCCGAUGGACCUGAGCACGAUGGAGAAGAAGCUCAACCAAGCCUCGUACACCACCAUGUCGUCGUUCGCCGCGGACGUCGAGCUGAUCUUUGCCAACUGUCGCCAGUUCAACCCGCCGGGCACGGAACCGUGUCAGCACGCGGACGAGCUGGAGAAGCUCUGGCGCAAGGAGUGGGCCAAGACGGUGACGCCCAAGCUCGAGGCGAAUGAGAAGCGCGCGCUGGUCGGCUUGAUCAACCGGUUGAAGACGCACCAGUCGUCGCUGUUGUUCCGCGAACCCGUCGACCCUGUGGCUCUAGGCAUUCCGACGUACUUCGAUGUCAUCCCCAAAAAGGACGCGAGGGAUCUCAGUCUCAUCGAGGGGAAGUUGAAGGGCGACAAGUACGAUUCGUUUGCGAGCUUCGAUGCGGACGUCAAGCUCAUGCUCAAGAACUGCUACACGUUCAAUGCGCUCGACCCGGGCAUCAUGGAGAUCGCCAAAGCGUUCGAGACGUACUACAAGCGCGAGUUUGGACAUGCGAAACAGCAGGCUGGCAUCAGUGGUGGUAGCGCAGCUGGUGGGGGUGGAGCAACGACGCCAGGGAAGAGGAAGUUGUCCGUCACACCCGCGAACGGCGGGUCGAGUAAGAAGGUCAAGAGUGGGUAG